AUGUUGGUGCCCUCUCGCCACCACCCGCAAACCUCUCUGGAGGAGAUGAUAGCAAGCAGAAUCCAGUAUGCUCUCGACGUCAUCAAGAAAGUGCCUUCAUCUAUGGUGUCUGAAAACCAGACCCCAUGGUCACAUCCCCACUUGUACAGAGCUUACAUGCCCAGGGAGAUGCAAGAUGCACAAGCGUGCUGUGCUUUAUAUGCUGCGAAGAACCAAUACAACGCCGCCAUGAUCCUGCGUACUAUUCAAGCCAGGGCGCAUGAGGUCCUCGCCGCUCCGCCGCCCAAAGGCAGGCUUGAAGCCCUCGCGCGCCUGCAUGCUAUACUCCUUUACCAAAUCAUCCGCAUCUUCGAUGGCGACAUUCCCAUGCGGGCUUCAGCCCAACAAAGCCUCACGGCCCUCGAGCCCGCGAUGCUCGCUCUGCUGCCUUUCGUCAAAUGGGAGUCAUCUCAACCAACGACAGGUCCAGCAGAGGACCAGUCAUUCUGUCCCACCAAGGAGUUCUGGCAAGAAUGGAUCUGGCAAGAGUCAGCUCGUCGCACCAUCUUCUUCACGUGCUUCUUUCUCAUCACACACCAGAUGCUGAUAGGACGAGAGCCGCCCAAUGGGUGUUCGGACAGGUAUAUCUUCUGCCAGUCAUGGACCAUGUCGGCUCACCUCUGGGGCGCCCCGAAUGUUGUCGACUUUGCCAUUGCUUGGAGAGAGAAGAAGCACUUUGUGAUUAAUCAACAGUCCUUCAAUGAGGCGUUGAGGGAUGCUUCCGCGGAUGAUGUUGACUUGUUUGGCAGGAUGCUAAUGGUAGGAGCUCUCGGCAUAGAUGAUACGAGGCUGUGGUUCUAUAAUCGAGGCGGCACACUAUGA